AUGGAAGCCACACCGUCAUCACCUCGCGGCACGAAAAGGAAGGGUGAUGACACUCUACCGCUUCCGGCACCGCGAAGAAUCAAAGCGCUCGCACAGGAUGUCGUCAAUAAGAUCGCUGCAGGAGAGAUUAUUGUUGCACCAGUCCAUGCAUUGAAAGAACUGAUUGAGAACGCCGUUGACGCAGGUUCGACAGCGCUGGAAAUAUUGGUCAAGGAUGGUGGCCUCAAACUACUGCAGAUCUCAGACAAUGGGCAUGGCAUUGAUAAAGAAGACCUGCCGAUUCUAUGUGAACGCUUCACCACUUCGAAGUUGAAGGCUUUCGAGGACCUUACCUCUAUUGGCACCUACGGCUUUCGCGGAGAAGCGCUUGCAAGUAUCAGUCACAUUGCUCACUUGAAAGUCACCACAAGGACGAAAGAGUCGAGUUGUGCCUGGGAAGCGCACUACGCGGACGGUAAAUUGACUAGCCCGAAGCCAGGUCAAAAUGCAGAGCCAAAGCCUAAAGCUGGUAGGCAAGGCACAGUCAUCACAGUCGAAGAUCUUUUUUACAACGUUCCUUCUAGAAGACGCGCCUUCCGCUCAGCAAGCGAGGAGUACGCGAAGAUACUUGACGUUGUCGGUCGUUAUGCGGUACAUUGCUCUGGCGUAGCCUUCUCAUGCAAAAAAGCUGGCGACAACUCAGGGAGUAGCAUAUCGGUACCUGCUUCUGCAGAGACCAAAGAUCGUAUACGACAGAUACACGGCAGUGCAGCAGCGAGCGAGCUCGUUAGCCUCAAAGCAGAAGACGAUCGCUGGGGUUUCAAAUGCGAAGGCUGGGUCAGCAACGCGAACUACAGCUCCAAGCGAACGAGUCUGUUACUCUUCAUCAACCAUCGGUCUGUCGAAUCACAAGUGAUCAAGAAGAGCAUCGAGCAGGCAUACGCCGCGUUCUUGCCUAAAGGUGGACAUCCAUUUGUGUAUCUGAGUCUCCAGAUCGAGCCGCAACGAGUCGAUGUCAACGUGCACCCUACCAAACGCGAAGUGCACUUCCUCAACGAAGAUGAGAUCAUCGCCAUGAUCUGCGAUGAGAUCCGUGAGAGUCUGAGUAAGGUAGACACGAGUAGAUCGUUCAUGACCCAGUCACUGCUUUCGAACCCCAAAACCCCAGUCGUCACGCCAAUGAAGCAGAUAGCUCCUGGGAUGCCAGCUGUAGAGGAAAUAUCGGAUCGGACCGCUCAAAAAUCAUCAAGAGUCGCGGCAAAAAAACCGUACGAGAACAACUUGGUACGAACCGAUGCCUCGGCACGCAAAAUAACAUCGAUGCUGCGACCCGAACGAACACUGGAGGAAGCUGCAGUUGAGGGCGAUGAUGACAUGGAGUACGAGUAUACCGAGCGGGAACCUAUGGCUUGCCGGUUGACAUCCAUCAAAGAACUUCGCGCCGAAGUGCGAGACGCCAUGCAUAACGAACUUACAGACAUUAUUUCGACACACACUUUCGUUGGCGUUGUCGAUGAGCAGAAACGCAUUGUCGCGAUACAAGGCGGCGUGAAGCUGUUCCUAGUCGAUUACGGUAUGCUAUGCAAUGAGUACUUUUACCAAGUUGGGCUCACAGACUUUGCCAACUUUGGUUUGUUACGAUUCAACCCGCCACUGCGUCUGCAUGACCUGCUCAGAGUAGCAGCAGAACAAGAGAGGAACAAUGCCGGUGAUGCAGCAGACGAGGUUGACUGGGAUGAGGUUGUGGACAGCGUCAAAGAGUUGUUGAUCAGGAAGAAACCAUUGCUGAGCGAGUACUUCUCCAUUGAGAUCACCCCGGAAGGCGAGCUAUGCUCCAUGCCAAUACUUAUCAAAGGUUACACACCCUCUCUGGCCAAGCUCCCACAGUUCCUUCUCCGACUCGGUCCACACGUCAACUGGGACGAAGAGAAGGCAUGCUUCCAGACUUUGCUCCGCGAGCUAGCAUCGUUAUACGUGCCUGAGAGCUUACCGUUGCCGCCAUCAAGCUCAAGCGACGACAAUGGCAAGGGAAAGGGCAAGGCUAUGGAAGAGGAUCCGGAAAUCGCGUUAAGACGUAAGAAGUUGAGGAAGGCGAUCGAGCAUGUCAUCUUUCCAGCGUGCAAGGCGAGACUUGUUGCUACCAAAGGACUACUAAAGGGCGUCAUGGAAGUUGCGAACCUGAAAGGACUGUACAGAGUCUUUGAGCGUUGCUGA